CCUAAAUCAUGUCUUUCCGACGAAGUCAUCAUAUAUACACACACAAAGAUAUAUACGAUCUCCAACCAUCCUAGUCCGCCGGUAGCAGUUUCGUUCCUCCGUCUCACUCGAGCUCCUCACAUCUCGGAAAGGUCAUAUCAGCUUUGCCCUAACUUCUAAAUAGCCAUCGAAAGUCACACCUCGCAUUCAACACGAAAGAUUUCACACACAAUGUGCGUCACUGAAAUCGGUGUCAUGGGCGUCAAGCCUUGCCUCGACGUCAUGAACGACGACACUCCAGAGGGCCGGAUCUUGAGCAAGCUAUAUAACUAUGUUGUUGCCGCACCCGGGGGCCCACUUCGAGUAUAUUGGGGCCUCGAGGCUGAAGAUCCGUCCUACCUCUGGGCAUUCUUUGACUGGGACUCGCUGGAGGCCCACCAUAACUUUGCUAAGACACUGGGCCAAGAAGCUGUCAAGGAUCUGCCGAAGAUCUUGACGCGUGGCGGGUUCACCAAGCACAUUACCGCCACGCCCUCUCUGCCAGCCACCCUGCAGUCCGCCGUCACGCAGGUCAUCUUGGCGUACUUUGCGUCGGAUCGGCCACCCACUGUAGCAGACGCAGCCAUUGCGCAUUUCGAGAACUGGCGGGAGAAUGAGAUCGAAAACGUCUCGGGCAUUGAAGCUCUGAGCUACGGAUGGGGCAUGGAGAAGGACUUUCCAAUCAGGGGCGGCUCUCCAGACCAGAGAGCAUCGAUCUGCCUAUCCGUGUUUGGGUUCAUUGACAUUGCUGCGCAAAAAAGCUUCAGGGAGUCGUUGGCACUUGGGAAACUGCUGGGGUGGAUCCGGGGCAUGGAGGGAUGCGUCAAGCUGGAGGUUUUCUCAAUCUGUUUCCGGUCCACGAGUAGGGACAACGAGGGAGACUCCCGGGGAAUGUAAGAGUUUCUCGCAAGAUGGGUAUCACGUGUGAGAGCGCAAAUGCCAGUAAAGGCUACACAGUAUGAGUUCUUCCGGUUAGGCACAGCACGUUUGGUAGGUUGUAUCAGGUUCAUUAGUACGGUUCUGAGAGAGCGCUCUGGUUCGAAGGGGCCUAUUAAUCCAUUAGCCCAGUGGAGAGAUGUUGCAAAUAUCGGCCGGACAGGUUCUCAUAUAUCUCGUAGGGCUAGGUAC